AUUGAGUCUCCGCACAAAACCUCAAAACUCUGUCCCUCUAAACACUCAAGAACUUGAUUCUCUCUCUACUCUCUCUUUCCUCAAACACUUUCCAUUCUUACAACAGAAGGAUCGAUUUUUUUCCCUUCUCUCUUUCCUUUUAAAACCCAAAACCUCUAACACGAUACCUUUUACACCUCCUCUUUUCUAGCUAUACACAUAGGCCUACUUUGUAAGAAAAGAGUCUCUCCCCUUCUCUUUGUCGGAUUUCAAUCUCAUCUUUUAAGGUUCAUGUCCUUUUUAUUUGUGCGAGCGAGCGUGGGUUUGAUUCUCUCUGCCGAUUCUGAUACUCGUCUUUGACGGUGUCUUUGUUAGUAUACCUCAAAGUAAUCUCCCUUUAGUCCCACGCUUGUUUGCUUUAAUCUUUUUAAGCCUUAUAUAGCUUAAUCUUGUAUGUUAAAGAGUAGUGCAAAGUGUUUGAAGAUUGAUGAUAGCAAUGGAUCAAAGUUUUUUAUGGCCAGUGAAAUACACGGAGCACAAGAGAGUAAGCAAGAAACUCAUCAAGCCAUCCAAACAGAACCUUAAGAAGCUGCCCUCUGAUGCAAGAAAAUUGCAAGAACAGCGGCAGCAUCUGAAUGGCCCCAGAACUGUCCGAAUUUCCGUUACUGACCCUGACGCCACGGAUUCCUCCAGUGAUGAAGAGGACGAGCUUUUUCGAAGGCAGCGCGUCAAGAAGUACAUCACUGAAAUCAGAAUGGAAACAGCUGUCGCUGUCAGCAACGCCGCCAGGAAUAGAGCUGUGGAGAUUCUCCAGCCUAAGACAAAGCCCAUGAAGGUUAAGGAGGUUCCGGCGGUAGGCCGCGGCGGCGCCAGGAAGUUUAGGGGAGUCCGGCAACGGCCGUGGGGCAAGUGGGCUGCUGAAAUAAGAGACCCUUCUAGAAGGGUUAGGCUUUGGUUGGGUACUUAUGACACUGCAGAAGAGGCUGCUAUGGUUUACGACAACGCCGCGAUAAAGCUCCGUGGACCGGAUGCUUUAACCAACUUUAUUACUCCGCCGGCCAAGGAUACUUCGCCGGAGAUUAACGUGACGUCAGCUUCCGGUUAUGAUUCCGGUGAUGAGUCGCAUAACCAGCUUUCUUCUCCAACUUCUGUUCUCCGCUUCAGAAGUAGUCAAUCAAGCGAAGAAGCCGAACCGACCGGACUAAGUAGCCAAUCAAGUGAAUACACCGAACCAAGCCGGUCUGAUCCGGUUCAGGAUUUGGUAAAGGAGGAGGAACCAUGUGAUUCAGUGGUAGGUUACUUCAUCGACACCAAAGAUGAUCUGAACCGGUUGGGGUGUGAGUCGGGUCCCAUUAAUGGGCUUGCUCGGGAGUUGGAGGAAUGUCAAGGGGAAACAAGUAUGGUACCGGACUACUCUACUGACCAUUUGCCUAUGGACAUCCCGUUCUUGGACAAUUUCUUCAAUUUUGAACCGGAAAACGAGCCGUUAUUCAACGAUGCACCGAGUUUUGUCAAUGGUUUCGAUGAAUUCACCAUGUGUAUGGAUGACUUCCCAGCUCUGGACAGCAAUCUAGGAAACGUUAACUACGGAGACAUUAAGGAUUCGUUUCAAGAACUUUGUACACUUGAAGUCGAGGAUUACUUUCAAGACAUGAGUGAUUUUGGUAGCGUUGAUGCACUCUUAGCUAUAUGAUGAUGUGCAGAAUAUGUUGAAGUGUUACAUAGUCGGCUUGCCGAUCAAGGCAAAUUUUGUUCACCGGCUAUCGGUUUGUAUUUUCAUUUAGUUGAAAAGUGUUAGUCGGAGCUAUAAUUAUUUAUUUGUUCUUAGUA